UGUCGCUGACCCUCCUGUCCCCCUCCCACUAGGACCCCGGGGACAUUGGGAUCCAAACAACGUUGACCUCAAGGGAGCCACCCUAUGACCUCCGACCCCCAGGGUUCCCUGGGGCAGGGGAGUCAGAGGUCAGGGAGAGGCUGUCAGGAGGCGGAGCCAAGAGCCCCCUCUUCCUGCCCCUCCCCCUCCGGAGUGCACAGUGCGAUCCCAGUAUUGAGGAUGAGAGCUCCUGUCUGAUACCCCCAGUGCCACCCUCGUCACCCCCAGGCCCCUUCCAGACCUCACCCCCUGUCAGCAGCGAACUGAGCCCCAGGCUGUGGGCCCUCAUGGAGCGGGCUCACUCCCACACUACCGCUGAGGACACACAGACGGGGCACAGCCUACCAGAGCCCGGGCGUCUGGCCGAGGAGGAGGGGCGUCUGGCCGAGGAGGAGGGGCGUCUGGCCGAGGAGGAGAGGCGUCUGGCUGAGGCACAGCGUCUGGCCGAGGAGGAGAGGCGUCUGGCUGAGGCACAGCGUCUGGCUGAGGCACAGCGUCUGGCUGAGGAGGAGCGUCUGGCUGAGGCACAGCGUCUGGCUGAGGAGAAGCGUCUGGCCGAGGCACAGCGUCUGGCCGAGGCACAGCGUCUGGCCGAGGAGGAGCGUCUGGCUGAGGCGCAGUGUCUGGCCGAGGAGGAGAAGCGUCUGGCCGAGGCACAGCGUCUGGCCGAGGCACAGCGUCUGGCCGAGGCACAGCGUCUGGCCGAGGCACAGCGUCUGGCUGAGGCACAGCGUCUGGCCGAGGCACAGCGUCUGGCCGAGGAGGAGCGUCUGGCCGAGGCACAGCGUCUGGCCGAGGAGGAGAGGCGUCUGGCUGAGGCACAGCGUCUGGCCGAGGAGGAGCGUCUGGCCGAGGCACAGCAUCUGGCCGAGGAGGAGAGGCGUCUGGUUGAGGAGGGGUGUCUGGCUGAGUCACAGCGUCUGGCCGAGGAGGAGCGUCUGGCUGAGGCACAGCGUCUGGCUGAGGCACAGCGUCUGGCUGAGGAGGAGCGUCUGGCCGAGGCACAGCGUCUGGCUGAGGCACAGCGUCUGGCCGAGGUGGAGAGGCGUCUGGCUGAGGCACAGCGUCUGGCUGAGGAGGAGCGUCUGGCUGAGGCACAGUGUCUGGCCGAGGAGGAGAGGCGUCUGGCUGAGGCACAGCGUCUGGCUGAGGCACAGCGUCUGGCUGAGGCACAGUGUCUGGCCGAGGUGGAGAGGCGUCUGGCUGAGGCACAGCGUCUGGCUGAGGAGGAGCGUCUGGCUGAGGGUCUAGCCGAGGCAGGGGAGCGUCUAGCCGAGGCACAGCGUCUGGCUGAGGCACAGCGUCUGGCUGAGGAGGAGCGUCUGGCUGAGGAGGAGAGGCGUCUGGCUGAGGGUCUAGCCGAGGCAGGGGAGCGUCUAGCCGAGGGGGAGGAGGGUCUAGCCGCCCCGGAGUAUGUGCUGCCUGAGCACGAGGUGUCGAUUGGCUGUGACUCUGAUGUUUCCCGUUCCUCGGACUGGGGCCUCUCUGAGUCCUUUGAGUGGUCAACCCCCAGGUCCCUGGAACGGGCCCAGGCCCAGGCCCAGGCCCAGGCCCAGGCCCAGGCCCAGGCCCAGGCCCAGGCCCAGGCCCGGGUUAGACAGGAAGAGAGUUCCUCACAACAGACCCAUCUCUCACCGUCUGGACCAGCAUCCGGGCCAGGGGGACAGGCACAGAGUAUCCAGGAAGGUGGGAGAGAGAGUCGGGGAGAGACGGAGAGUCGGGGAGAGACGGAGACUCGGGGAGAGACGGAGACUCGGGGAGAGACGGAGACUCGGGGAGAGACGGAGAGUCGGGGAGAGACGGCGACUCAGGGAGAGACGGAGACGGAGACUCGGGGAGAGACGGCGACUCGGGGAGAGACGGCGACUCGGGGAGAGACGGCGACUCGGGGAGAGACGGAGACUCGGGGAGAGACGGAGACGGAGAGUGCCAGCGAUAAGGAAUUGGAGAGGAUCCAGGCUGCAGGGUUGACAAUGGAUUCAGAGUCGGAUGGUCCUGGAGUGAGGGAGCACACCCAG